CAAGAAAAAUCGACCCGAACCGUUCCGAUCGAGGGAAAACCGUCUCUCUCUCUCUCUCUCCAUCCGAGACCGGACAGGCAAGAAAAACUAGCACCCUUCGUCUCGCCGGCGAUGUUGAUGAGCUGGGGCGGACUGGAAGGCCCAGUAUUGGGUGGGUUGGUUGGGGGCGCAGGCCGGCUGCGGGACCAUCCACACGGCGGUGGCCUGCGGGAUCAUGUGGUUGCCCCCGGCGGCCCCGGCGGCGGACGGGACGGCGAAGACGAGGACGAGGCCCUGCUGGCCGCCGAUGGGAGCGAGCCCGCUGGCGACGGAAAUGGCGGCGCCUCCCGCGCCGGCCUGCAGGAGGGGGUCGGCGAGGACGGAGCGGACCAGCGCGGCGAGUCUGCCGUCGUCGCCCCGUAUCCGCCAUCUCAUCGCCGCUGAGCCUGCCGCCGUCGCUCUGCUCCGGCCUCGACCUCGCUGUCGGCAGCAACAACGGCUUCAUGGGAAUGGGAAUGCAGUCCAUCCCCGACCUCAUGGGCGGCGGCUCGGCGGCCAUGCGCCUGCCCGCUGGCAUGAUGGGCGGCGGCCUGGACGACGGCCUCGGAGGCGAAGGCGUCUCCAUCGACCGCGACGCGCUGCUCGAGCUCGGGCUGGCCGCAAUGGAGGAGCUGGUGAAGGUGACGCAGGUGGACGACCCGCUGUGGCAGCCCAGCCUGGAGAUUGGGAUUGAGACGCUCAACUACGACGAGUACCGGCGCGCCUUCGCCCGCGUGCUCGGCCCUAGCCCCGCCGGCUACGUCUCCGAGGCCACCCGCGAGGUCGGCAUCGCCAUCAUCAACAGCGUCGACCUCGUCAACAGCCUCAUGAACGAGGCUCGGUGGUCGGAGAUGUUCCCGUGCGUGGUGGCGAGGGCGAGCACGAUGGAGAUCAUCUCGAGCGGCAUGGGCGGCACCCGCAGCGGCUCAAUCCAACUGAUGCGCGCGGAGCUGCAGGUGCUGUCGCCGCUGGUGCCGAUCAGGGAGGUGACGUUCCUGCGCUUCUGCAAGCAGCACGCCGACGGGCUGUGGGCCAUCGUGGACGUGUCGCGCAGCUGCCCACGCACGCCGACUCGGCCUACUUCACCGGGCUCAUCAACGCACACUAGCGGCGGGAGCUGGAGGCGCUGCAGGCGGCGGAGGCGGCGAGGCAGGCCAAGACGCGGCUGGACCCCGGCUGGCCCUGCGCGACGCGGCGGAAGGCGGAGGCCAGGCCGGCGAGGCCGGAGCGGACCAGCGCGGCGAGCUCGUCGGCCGCCGGCUGCAGGUCGGGGAUGGGCGGGGCGGGGCGGCCGAGGAGGCGCGCGGCCCUGGACCACUUGUACAGCACCGACAGAAGAGGAAGAGCACGUCGGUUUUUUUUUUUGCCUGUCCGGUCCGGAUGGAGAGAGAGAGAGUCGGUUUUUCAAGCGGUCCGGACCGGUUUUUCCUAUAAGAGACUGACCGGUGGAUCAUAUGUGUCAGAAAAAGCAUCUAUACAUAUAAAUACAGAAUCUGCAAAAUACGGCAUGUAUCUUGGUACGUAUUUAAAAAAAAUUGAAAGAUAACACCAACUUAUAAAUA